AUGUCUCAUCCCAGCGCCAGCAACGACACACAUAUUCCCUUCCACGUUGCCUCGGCCGAGUACCAGCCCGGCAACUAUUCGCAGCAACGUAGUCCCCAGUACAAAAUCUCCAACGAACCCACGUCCUCUCUCGCUGAAGGCCGUGGCGCCCUUGACGAUUCGGGCCACGACGGCGGCUUCGAGCUCAUAUUCUCGAGCGAGAUCACUGCCUCGGGACCGCCUUCGGAUACCACCGGUUCAGACGACACUGUCAUCGAUAGCACCAUCAUGAGGAGGGCCACUGGAACCUCUGCAGUCCUUGGGUCUGCUUUGACCCAGAACAACAUGGAUCUUCACGAUCGGGUGUGUCCUCUCGGGCCCCUGACCACAUACCAGUGGAUCUGGGGUCAGCCAUGCCCUGGUGGCUUCGACAUCAAGGACGCUUCGUCCAAGGAAAGCAUGAAGGUCCACGUCUCCCACUCGCGCGUUAGCCAGGCUACCGAGAACCUCGAGGUCGAAUACGGCCUCGUCAACCACCCUUCCGAGGCAUAUAUUGCCUUUGCCGGUUACUGGGCCGAUUACGCCGCUGGCCCUGCGAUGCAGGACGAACUGGAUCAACUGAAGUGA